AUGUCUAUCGAUAUUGAUCAUCAGAGCCCCUCCGACGUCUUGAAACUGAAGACACCGGCUGUAACCAUAGCUGGAUCAGACGUUUCUUUCGACGACACCAUGUCGACGAGAUCUUCCCGCUCCAGUGUCCCGAGCGAGAUGACGGGCCCUCCCGCCUCAGAUGACAAACCGGAAGACUGUGAAGAGACCAAAGUCUCCGAGACUUCAAACAGAAUUCUGGAUGUAAUUCUAGAAUACUCUCUUCACAAGUUCGAUACCACCGAGGAACUGCAUAGCGCCGGCAGGCCCAAGUUCCUAGCCGUCGUCUCACUAUUUGUUAGGGCACGGCAAAAGGUGGUGAUGUGUCUGCCGGCAUUCCCGUUCAAGUCAGCAAACAAGGUCGAAAAGGUGCUAGGCAACCUCCCAGAUAAGGCUGAAGAGUUGGCACUUGCUAGACUAAACUCCAUAUGUGUUACUAUUGGCCAAUUCUAUGAGCCGGGGGCCGAGUUGACUGUCAUCUCGGACGGCCUGGUUUACAACGGUACGUUUAUCCUCCGCAGCCCCACUCGGAACAGGGUGAAGUCUCUCACAGCCACUGGCACAUCACUGAUGCUUCAUCUAGACUUGCUGGGCAUUUCCGAUCAGGAAACCUGGCGCUAUGGGUCAGCGCUACGGGCAAUGGCCGAGCGGAAGGGUUUCUCUCAUCUCUCAUUCUCCCGUCUACAGGACUUGGUCGCAGUGAAGGGUCUACCCAAUGACCUUAAUGAGCUCACGUACGUGGCCAACGCAACUAACUUCCGCCGGACCCUGUUCAACAAGUAUGGCCGGGACGGCGAUCUUGAUAUUGACCACGAAAUCGCCGUAAAUUCGGACACUCUCGGGACUUACAAGGGAUACUGCCGCUUUCUCAAGUCAGAUCUGCAGCACAUUUUCGGCCCAGCCAAGAGCAGUGCCAAGUACAGGAAGGAUGUUAAAUAUCUGGCCAAGCAGAUGCUGAUCCGUGGAUAUGCCUUUGCAGGAGCCGUCAAAGCACGCUUCCCGAAUCAUUUGCGUCUCAGUAUCCACCAAUCCACCGGUGAAAAUAAGAUUUCCAUUUCCUUGCUCAACACCAAGAGCGGCUUCACGACCCCAUGGCAUUGCAGCGUGGUUUUGAUGGCCGAUGGUGAAUGGCUUAGCGGCCUGACGGUCGACUUCAAAGCUGAUCGGCUCCUGGAGCUCGUUGAGGAGGAUGGGCGGCCGAGCUACUUCAGGGAGGUCCUCCGUCAGAGACCAUACCUGAUAGAGAACGCGAAGCCGCGUAUAGUUAUUCAACAGGAGCCACAGGCCCAUAGGCCCAGGAUACGUGCGUCCUGA